AUGGCUCUGUCCCAUCUUAUGGCUCGCACCGCGAUCGUGACAGGGGCAUCCUCAGGAAUUGGGAAAGGGUCGGCGAUAGCGCUAUCCAAUGCGGGCUGGAACGUGGUGUUAACAGCGAGAAGGGAAGACGCCUUGCAAAAGACAGCGACAGAAUGCCCUUCGUCGACCCUGGUGGUACCAGGAGACGUCACUGACGAGGGUUUCGUGAAGACAUUGUUCUCUUCCACUGUUGAGAAAUUCGGUCGACUGGAUUUGUUGUUUAAUAACGCUGGCAUCCCAGGGCCGCAAGCACGAGUUGACGAAGUUGAAAUCGACGACUUCAAGCACGUCCUCGACGUGAAUGUCACAGCUUCCUUCCUGUGCGCCAGAGAGGCUUUCUAUAUCUUCAAAUCCCAGGAUCCACAAGGAGGUCGUAUCAUCAACAACGGUUCCAUCGCCGCGCAUGUCCCCCGUCCUCACUCAUCUGCAUACGCAAUCUCCAAGCAUGCGAUCUCGGGCUUGACAAAGUCAACCGCCUUGGAUGGACGCCCUUUUGGAAUCACCUGUACUCAGAUUGACAUAGGGAACGCUCGAACGGAACUCGCAACGGCAUUCAAAGCGGGUCCUGGCGCUUUACAGCCUGAUGGGUCUUACCUCCGGGAGCCGAUGAUUGAAGUGGAGACGAUUGCUAAUACCAUCGUCCACAUUGCCAACCUUCCGAAAGACGUUGCGAUGCUUGAGGUCAAUAUCAUGGCGGCAGGAGCUCCCUAUGUGGGAAGAGGCUGA